UAUAUAUGCAAACCCCCUCAAACUCUAUACUGCUUUUCUAGUAACUCUGUGUAACAAAAAAAAUGGCUUCAGAGAAAGUAGAAACUGUAGUUGCAGGAAACUAUGUGGAAAUGGAGAGAGAAGAAGAUGUGAGAUCCACUUCCACCAAGAGCAAAUUAUCAAGCAUGUUUUGGCAUGGUGGCUCAGUUUAUGAUGCAUGGUUCAGCUGUGCUUCUAAUCAGGUUGCUCAAGUGCUGCUAACACUGCCUUAUUCAUUCUCACAACUGGGAAUGGCAUCUGGGAUUGUAUUUCAACUGUUGUAUGGGUUGAUGGGGAGCUGGACUGCUUAUCUCAUCAGUGUGCUUUAUGUUGAGUACAGAACUAGGAAGGAAAGAGAGAAAGUUGAUUUUAGGAACCAUGUCAUCCAGUGGUUUGAGGUUCUUGAUGGGCUGUUGGGAAAGCAUUGGAGAAACAUAGGCCUUUUUUUCAACUGUACUUUCCUUCUAUUUGGAUCUGUCAUUCAGCUCAUUGCAUGUGCAAGUAACAUCUAUUACAUAAAUGACAACCUUGAUAAGAGGACUUGGACAUACAUAUUUGGAGCAUGCUGUGCUACAACUGUUUUCAUCCCAUCAUUCCACAACUACAGGAUCUGGUCAUUUUUAGGCCUAAUUAUGACCACUUAUACAGCUUGGUACCUAACCAUUGCUUCCCUCCUACAUGGCCAGGUUGAAGGAGUGCAGCAUUCAGGGCCAACCAAAAUGGUCCUCUACUUUACUGGAGCUACCAACAUUCUUUAUACAUUUGGUGGGCAUGCUGUCACAGUGGAAAUAAUGCAUGCAAUGUGGAAGCCGCAAAAGUUCAAGCUAAUAUACUUGUUGGCAACAAUUUAUGUCCUAACACUAACCCUUCCUUCAGCAAGUGCUGUUUAUUGGGCUUUUGGAGAUUUGCUUCUAAAUAGGUCAAAUGCUUUGGCUUUGCUCCCAAGAACUAGGUUUAGAGAUGCUGCAAUAGUCCUCAUGCUCAUACAUCAGUUCAUAACAUUUGGGUUCGCGUGCACGCCUCUCUACUUUGUGUGGGAGAAAUUUGUCGGGGUACACGAAACUAAAAGCUUGUUCAAGCGCGCUCUAACAAGGCUGCCCGUGGUCAUUCCGAUAUGGUUCCUUGCUAUAAUCUUCCCCUUCUUUGGGCCUAUCAACUCCACAGUUGGAUCACUUCUUGUUAGCUUCACAGUUUACAUUAUACCUGCAAUGGCACAUAUGGUCACAUUUGCUUCUCCAUCAGCUAGGGAGAAUGCAGUGGAGAGGCCUCCAAGAAUUCUUGGGGGGUGGGCUGGUUUGUACAUAACCAACAUAUUUGUGGUGGCAUGGGUUUUCAUUAUUGGUUUUGGAUUUGGAGGGUGGGCAAGUAUGGUGAAUUUCGUGCGUCAAAUCAACACUUUUGGCCUUUUCGCAAAGUGUUACCAAUGCCCUAAGCAUUGAGUUUGGUUUGGUUGGAUUAUAAUUAAACUCCUAUGCUUAUAGUGAAGAGAAAAUAGUUCUUGCAUAUCAAGAUUUUAUACAUAUGGAAGUGUGUAAAGAUUAAGUUGUCAUUUGUAACAAUUUUUCUUUUUCUUUUUUUGUUUUGUAUUUUUUUGGUGGUUUCCUCUUUAGUUGAAGGGGUGUUGUUGUUCAACAUGUGUGUGACAAAGAAGUGGUUGUACUAAGAAGUGUAUCUCCCUCUGUUUUUGUGGGAUUACUUAAUUAUAUGUUUAAUGUUUGAGCAUUUUUCCUUA